GUGUUGACACUUUGUCACUUUGACAGAACAAUCCAAAUCCAAAAUAAGCAAUCAAGAGAUGUCAGAAGCUAGGUACGAUUUUAAUAAAAUUCUGUUACAAUUCUCCAUUUUCGAAGAAUUCAUUUGAAAGACAUCUUCGUUUUAUCACACAUUGCCAUUAUAUCAAAAACAAUGAAGAAUUGAGACAGAUGACCAUUUGCAAUUAAUUUAUUUAAAAAAACGUAUCAUGGAAGAAGAGAACGAUAUGGAAGAGCAUCUGAAAUCAUCUCAUCCUGUAAGCAUCUUGAGACAUGAAACGAUGGAGCUACUUUCAGCGAUGUUAAAUCCACCUAAAUUAUUUAACACAAGUGAAGGUCUUAGUAGGAAUUGGAAAGGAUUUGCUGAAUUAUGUUCCAUUCAGUCGUAUUUGAUAUCCAAUUGGGAAUUUUGUGAUGAUCCUACAAAGGAAGUGUUCAAAAUAUGGCAAUCAAAAGGAGAUGUAGCUACUAUAGAGAAGAUGAUUACCUUUUUGGAGGAAAUAGAUCGAGGGGACGUUAUAGAAGAUGUCAGCAGUCUCAUAGCCAAAGACAUUGAGUUCCAUCUACAGCAUCCAAAAGAACACAAAAAACAGUCUCCUCUUUACCAAGGCCUGGACAGUUCUAUCUUAACGGUAGAUGACUUAGAAUACAUUGGAAAGAAUAUGGAACUCAUCCAGUAUGAUGCCUUCAUUCUAUUCGCAGACGAUGACAUUGAUUUUGCCACCGAAGUCAUCGAAACAAUGGAAAAACAGUAUAAACUGAAGUUCUGUGUCAAGGACUACUUGAUUGGGGGUCUCUUUGAGCAUGAAGCAAUAAUUCGACUAAUUUCUCAACGUUGCGAAAAACUUAUAGUUAUAUUAUCACCUAGUUUCUUCAAGAGUCCUAUGAACAAGUUCUUCCUGAACUUCACACAAGCUCUAAGUCUGGAACAGAGAAAAAUAAUACCUUGCUUGUAUAAAGCAUGUCCUGUGAUGCCACCGGAGAUCAGGUGCUAUUUCAUGCUGGAUUAUACAAAACAGAGGGGAGUGCUUUAUAACUUUUGGGACAAACUGUAUGAAUCCAUAAAAACUAAAAAGGCGCCAGCUAAUGCAUCAAACAGGGUGGUAAGAAGAGAUCAACCUCCAAGACAGCUGAUAAUAAAAAAUAACUCGCAAAGAGAUACCGAAUUCAGACUGAGAGCCCCAAGUGUUAACGUAAAAUCCAACAGUCUCGUAGACCUAAGCAAAACUGACGCUGAUCAUAUUCUACCGGAGGUAAAUCUGAUACCAAGUACCAGCGCAAACAGUUUGGGUAUCAGUUUCUGCGAACCUGAAAAAAAAAUAAAGCCGAAAAAGACUAAUUGGCUGAAGAAGUUGUUUCCUAAGAACAGCAAAAAUUAUGAAAAUUGCAAUCAGCAACACAUCAAAGCAAAUGGUGAAGUUGAGGGUAACAGGGAGAAGAAGAAGCUGUGGAGUAAGUGUGUGAAAAGGAAACCAGUAGCUGCCACAUAGGGAACAGGGUUUUUUUAGGUACAAAGACAUCAUACCAAGUGCCUAGAUACCGUACUGUGCCAGUUUUCAAUAACUUCGCCAUCCUGCUAUCAAUUUAGUGUUCAUAGUUAAUUCGAGGAUUUCUUUCGUGUUUAUUUUCCAAGAAAGUAAACUUAAACUAGCUUUGUGAUUAUCACAAUGAAACGAUGGUUUUUCUCAUACUUGGAAAAUCAAGUUUUUGGAUUUCUUACAUCAAUCUAUCUUUGAAUGUCUAGUUGGGAUGUUCUUGAGAAUAUUUGUUUGUUGAACGAUUUUUCUAUGACUUUGAGUAGUUUUCUCUCAUCUUUGUUUUAUUUUUGUUACGGGUUUUCUCAGCAUAGUUGUUAUUGCCAAAACCAAUGAAGCUUGAUUUUCCAAUUCUAGUGUUGUAUUCGUUUAAACUCACUAGUUAUCUUCUUGAACUAGGUUUUGAUAGGAUAUUUCGUGGACCAAUUAUGAAAUCAACUGAAUUUUGAUGGAAUUGUUUGUAACAAGGAACCAUUUUAUGAAACUUUUAAAAAUCAAUUUUUUCAUAUCAAAAUAUGGCAAUUGAAAAACUGUUGAUGUUUGGAUUGUUCAAUCAAUGUAACAUUAUCAAUUAUAAAGGAAAGAUAUUUUCAUAAUAUUUUAGGUAAUAUUUUAGUGAAAAAUUUUUUCUCCAAAUGAAUAAAAUAUCUGAUUUUUUUAUUAUUCGCUAAUGAUGGAUAUUGUGGAGUGGAUUGAUUUUUGAAGCUUGAUCUUAUUUAUGCUUAUUCGAUAAUGAUAUAUAAGUACAAAGUUAUUGCACAAUUUUGCUCUUGUUAUACUUCAUCUAUUGUCAUCUAUUUCUCAUCAUGAACUCACUCAAUUAUUUUUCAAUAAAAUCGAAAAAAUUGAA